AUGGCUUUCUCCCUUCCUUAUUAUCGGGAUGCUGGUCAAUUACCAGGGCCUCUUCCUGACCAAAACGAGAUUGAACAGGCAACACAAACCCUCCCCAAGAGAUCAGAUCACGGUGGGCGCCUGGUUGUAAUCAGAGACAAAUAUGUAGUGAAACAUAGCCCGCUUGUGACCAAAAUUGAGGCAUAUACUUUACAUUUUGUGGAAAACCAGCUCAACAUCGCAGCGCCACGACUUUACACCAUGUACCGCGAUCAGGACACCUGGAUGGAGUGGCUUUCGCUCACCGAGGCAAUUAAAUAUUCGAUUGCUGGACAAUUGCGAUGCAUCUAUGAUAGGACGAGAGCGCUGCCAUCGCCCAGCUUAUACUGCAGUGUCGACCGAGGACCCGUUCCCCAUAGGGAUCACUUUCUGUUGAUUGACGACUGGCCGGUAUAUGUUGAUAAGAUUAUCGAUCCUUUGUCGCUGGAGGGUGCCAUGAUGCGGGUUGUGCUUGGUAAUCUGGAUUUCUAA